CCACCCCACACUCCCGUCUCUCCGAGCGCCUCAUUGGCUAAAGCCUGCCAUCACUGACGUCAGUCAGACCUUCCCUAGUGAAGGAACAUUCGCGCAGGAGAUUCAUCCAGUCAUUCCGGUGUUCACCACCAGAGAAACGGAGACAACCUAAUCGCAAGGAGGAUAUGUUAUUACUCUGAUGGGGACAGACAAGCCUUACUGAGAUAUUACCAACCAUCGAUAUACCACGAGACAAGCUGGACACAGACAGCAUCACUGCAUCACAGUUUCCUGGAUUCUCUGUCAACAGAGCUGAUUUGAAAGAAUCGUGAUCAAGGUCUUGUUAGAAGGUGUCGUGUGUGUGACUCAUGAUGACCCAGAAUGACUCGGACAUCUGGUUCGAGGAGUCUUCAGGUUCAGGGAUGACUUCGCCCCUUUCCCAGCUGGACCAAUCAGAUCCCACAACCAUUCCUGAGGCCUCUCCUCUCAGCCUAUGGGGAGUGGCACUGUGCGUCUCCGGAACCCUCAUUGUGUCCGAGAACACCAUCGUAGUGGCGGCCAUCUUGGCCACGCCUUCUCUCCGUGCUCCUGUCUUCCUGCUCCUCGCCAGCCUGGCAUUGGCCGACCUGCUGGCGGGCGUGGCCUUGAUCCUGCAAUUCCUCUUCCUGUUCUGUGUGGAGCCCACGGAUUGGUCAGAUCUGAUGACGUCGGGGCUUCUGGCGACAUCACUGACCGCCUCCCUCCUCAGCCUGAUGGGCGUGGCGCUGGACCGUUACCUGUCGCUAAGCCACGCCCUCACCUAUGGCUCCCGCCACUCGCGUCGAUGCGCUGCUGGUCUGCUGGCACUCGUCUGGCUGGGGUCAUGUCUGAUCGGCUUGGGCCCAAUGCUGGGGUGGCACUGCCUCAAUGACAUCACAUCCUGUUCCGUGGCUCGACCCCUGACCCGGACGUACCUGUCGUUGCUUUGUGGCGGCUUCCUGCUGGUCAUCAUGGUAACGCUGCAGCUAUACACCGGGAUCUGCCGCGUCGCUAGGCGGCACGCCCAUGCCAUCGCCACGCAGAGGCACUUCCUGCCUGACGACCAAUCGUACAACAGCAAGCACGGGGGCCGGGGGAAGGGCCUAUCUCGGCUGUUGUUAGUCCUCGGAGUGUUUGUCAGCUGCUGGACGCCCUUCGCCCUUUACGGUUUGCUGGGCGACGCAUCUAGCUCGCCCCUGUAUACGUACGCUACGUUAGUGCCGGCUGCGGGGAACUCUCUGCUCAACCCUCUGCUGUAUAGCCUGAGGAACAGAGACAUACGCAAGGUGCUGCUGCACGCCUGCUGUCCUCACAGACACACACACAACACACACAGGCCUGUUGACGUGUAGGAUGGAGACACACAUAGACACACACAUACUGUCCCAUAUAACUGUAACGCAUACAAAUAGCACAUUCUCAUCAUCACUUGCACUUCAGAUAAGAAGCAAUCAGAAUGUACUGUUCCAGAAGGCAGCCAUCUUGGAGUCAGCUGGAAUAAGCUCUGUCAUUGGCUGUGAGACCUGAUGUACUGUAUCAUUUCAUCAUGUGCCUCAUCCUCAACUAACAUGAAGACAAUCCACUCUGAUGCAAUCACAGAGGUGCAACUAUCGUAAUUCACCUGGGUCCUUGGUGGGACUAUACUAUGCUGCUGUCGGUGAUCCAAAGGUCAAAUGCAGAGUAACUUGAAGGACUCUUAAACUCUUAUAAAGGGUUUGCACUAAUACUGUAAAAGGCACCUCAACUAUCUCUGAAAAGGUUUGAGUUUGCCAAUGUUUUUUAAAAUAAAAUGUAUGAAUGUUGCCUUUUUCUACUUCCUAAAUAAA